CAGCCUCCUUGUCUCACCGCUCCCACAAAAACCUCCUUUUCCCUUAACAAAGAAUCAACCUAUAUUUGCAUUUAUUUUAUGCAUAAAUAUUUGUACAACACACAAACAAAAACGCAUACAUAUAUAAUUUCUCUCUCUCUCUCUCUAGAAUUAAUGGGUCUUAGAGACAUUGGGCAGUCAUUACCUCCGGGAUUUAGGUUUAAUCCGAGUGAUGAAGAGCUGGUUUGCCAUUAUCUUCUUAAGAAGAUUGCUAAUGAAAAACUUGGUAGAGGCACUUUAGUUGAAAUUGAUCUUCAUACUUGUGAGCCAUGGCAGCUACCUGAUAUGGCUAAGCUGAACUCAGAGGAGUGGUACUUCUUUAGCUUCCGCGAUCGUAAAUACGCCACCGGUUACAGGACCAACCGGGCCACCAUCUCUGGCUAUUGGAAGGCCACCGGCAAGGAUCGUGCUGUGCUCGACCCGACCACCCGGGCCAUCGUGGGGAUGAGAAAAACACUGGUUUUUUACAAGCAUAGGGCUCCCAAUGGGGUCAAAACUGGAUGGAUCAUGCAUGAAUUUCGCCUUGAGAACCCUCAUAUGCCUCCUAAGGAAGACUGGGUCUUAUGCAGAAUAAUUUAUAAAUCGAGUAGCAGCCCACAAAAUUUGGGUGAUGGUGACACUUCUCCUAAUUUGGCUGCAUCACCAACAAGUGAUCAUGCCUUGCUCAAUAAUAGUCAUCAAAACAUGAUUAACUCCAUCUAUCAAGGCCAAAACCCGAACCUGAACCCGAACACGUAUCCCGUCCGCUCGGGAUAUUUGCAUCUAUACCCCGAGGAGCUUGACAAGGAAGUUGUGUCUAAUCCAUCGGCCUCCAAUCCUAAUUGCAAAUUGAUCGAGACCAAGUGUGAGGACGACUUUGGAUUCUUGUUCGAUAUGAGCAUCGACUACUCGGAUGGACGGGAUGGUGUAUCCUCUUAUGUUGAGGAGGUUAGAUUUGAUAACGUUAGCAGCUCGGUUUUUAUUUGAAUCAUGUGUAUGUAUGUGUGUAGCAUUUAUUUGGAUAUAUACUUGAUUCAUGUAGUUAAUUGAAGUAGAUGUACAAGGCCAUGUGUGAAUUUGUGAGUAGUAAUGUUUGGAUAUAUAUGUGUAUUUUUAGAAGAAAAAAAAAAGGAUUCGAUUU